AUGGACACUUGUUAUCCACUCUUGUUACGAUUGAAGAAGUCGACAAAGGUCACUCUUGGCGCUUUAAUUUUCGUAUUCUACGUUGCAAUGUUACAAGGAUGGCGACUAAAGGUGUCAAAACUGUUCAUAAUUCCCCAGCGGUAUGUCCUCGGGAUUAUGGGACUGCUGGCUGUUUGCAAUGCGUACACCAUGCGUGUCUGCUUGAACCUCGCUGUCACGCAGAUGGUCAAUAAUACCAAGAAUGAAGAAGCACACUUCGAUCCUGAAGCAUGUCCCGAUGAUAGUGAACUAUUCGCUAAUGGAACUGUUUCACUUAAACCACACGCUAUCUUCGACUGGUCUGAAUCGACACAAGGACUUAUACUUAGUGGCUUUUACUAUGGAUAUGCAAUCACACAAAUCCCUGGUGGAUACUUAGCUGAGAGGUACGGCGGUAAAUGGACGUUAGGAAUUGGUCUUCUGAGUACAGCUAUCUUUACUCUACUAACUCCCGUAGUUGUAAAAGCUGGAGGUGCAACAUGGCUGUUUAUACUUCGUGUCUUACAAGGCAUGGGCGAGGGUCCAACAAUGCCAGCUUUAAUGAUAGUGCUCGCUCGGUGGGUGCCACCUCAUGAGAGGUCACGACAAGGUGCUUUAGUAUUCGGAGGAGCACAAAUAGGAAAUAUUUUUGGUUCAUUCAUGUCAGGUUUCUUGAUGGCAGGAGGUGGUGAUUGGGCUAACGUAUUUUACUUCUUCGGCUGUUUUGGAAUUAUGUGGUUUAUUGCUUGGAGUAUCUUUUGCUAUAGUACACCAAACACUCAUCCGUUCAUAUCAGAUAAGGAAUUGAAAUAUCUAAAUGAAACGGUUACAAGUUCAGAACAAUCCAAUGUAAGGGAUCCUGUACCGUGGAAGGCAAUAGUUAGAUCUGUACCGGCCUGGGCCCUAUUGUUCGCUGCGGUCGGCCACGACUGGGGCUACUAUACAAUGGUGACCGAUUUACCAAAAUAUAUGACAGACGUGCUCAAAUUCAAUAUUGCGACAACAGGAACAUUAACGGCAAUGCCAUAUCUCGCUAUGUGGAUAAGUGCGUUUAUCUUCGGCUGGGCUUGCGAUUUCUGUGUCAAGCGUAAAUGGCACUCGAUCAAAACUGGAAGGAUUAUUCAUACAACUAUUGCCGCGACUGGACCAGCUAUCUGUAUUAUAUUAGCCUCAUAUGCCGGGUGUGAUAGAUUCGCAGCCGUCGCAUACUUUAUUGCAUCCAUGGCUUUAAUGGGGGGCUAUUAUAGUGGUAUGAAGGUAAACGCAUUGGAUUUGGCACCUAAUUACGCUGGAUCGUUAACCGCUAUGAUCAAUGGAACAUCAACUAUAUCGGGCAUUAUAACACCUUAUCUAAUAGGAUUAUUGACUCCUGAUUCGACACUAAAACAGUGGAGGGUGGCUUUCUGGGUGUGUUUCGCUGUGUUAGUCGGAACAAACGUGAUUUACUGCAUUUGGGCGGAAGGCACGCAACAAUGGUGGGACGAUGUCCGAAAAUACGGAUAUCCCGCUGACUGGAAACACGGACCUUUAAAAACUUACGACGAUGAUAAGGAAAAAAGUAAAAAGAAUGAAACUAAAAAUUCUGCUCUA